AUGUCUUCAUCAACUGAGCAGGUGGCGGCGCCUCACCAAACAUACGACGUAAGUUCACAACAAAGAGUCACACAUGAUAAAUAUGCUGCCCUAAGCUGGCUGCCUGUUCAUGUUAUUAACAACACUAUCAAUAAUCAGACCAUCCUCACUCUUGACUUUGGCUCACAAUACACUCACCUCAUCACGAGGAGAUUACGAGAAUGCAAUGUCUACAGUGAGAUGCUGCCAUGCACAACCAAGCUCUCAGACUUGACAUGGAAGCCCAAGGGCAUCAUCCUGUCGGGCGGUCCUUACUCCGUCUACGACACGGACGCCCCGCACGCCGACCCGGCUUUUUUUGACCUCGGCGUCCCUGUCCUGGGCAUCUGCUAUGGCCUCCAGGAGCUCGCUUGGCGUCUGGGCAAGGACAAUGUCGUGGCCGGCACCGAGCGCGAGUACGGCCACGCCGACCUCACGCCGCAGAAGAACAGCCAGGCCGACAAGCUGUUCAAGGGCAUGGGGGAGGACUCUCUCCAGGUUUGGAUGAGCCACGGCGACAAGCUCAGCCAGCUGCCUACCGGAUUCCAGACCAUUGCGACCACCACAAACUCGCCAUUUGCUGCCAUUGCCCACGAGUCUCAGCCCAUAUUUGGUGUGCAGUUCCACCCAGAAGUGACCCACACCCGCCGUGGCUUGGAUCUGCUGCGCAACUUUGCUGUCGGCAUCUGCGGCGCCCAACAGAACUGGAACAUGCACAACUUCAUCGAGCAGGAGAUCGCCCGCAUCCGGAAUCUGAUCGGCGACAAGGCCCAGGUUAUUGGUGCUGUUUCGGGCGGUGUUGAUUCUACUGUUGCCGCCAAGCUGAUGAAGGAGGCCAUCGGCGACAGGUUUCACGCCGUGCUCGUGGACCAAGGCGUCAUGCGCCACAAUGAGUGUGCCGAGGUCAAGAAGGCCCUUCAAGAUCACCUCGGAAUCAACCUUACGGUCGCAGAUGCCUCAGACCGGUUUCUUGCGGGUCUCAAGGGAGUUGAGGACCCUGAGCAGAAGCGCAAGUUCAUUGGCAACACCUUCAUCGACAUCUUCGAGGAGGAGGCCAUCAAGAUCGAAAAGGCGGCCGAGAAUACGCCCAACGCCGGCAAGGUCGAGUGGUUCUUGCAGGGCACGCUGUACCCGGACGUCAUCGAGUCCAUCUCCUUCAAGGGACCGUCUGCCACCAUCAAGACGCACCACAACGUCGGUGGUCUCCCCAAGAGGAUGAUGGAGGGCCAAGGCCUGAGGCUGAUCGAGCCCCUGAGGGAACUUUUCAAGGACGAGGUUCGGGCCAUGGGUCGCGAGCUCAAGAUCAACGAAGAGCUCGUCAUGAGGCACCCUUUCCCCGGCCCCGGCAUUGCCAUCCGCAUCCUCGGAGAGGUUACCCGUGAGCGUGUUGAGAUUGCCCGCAAGGCCGACCACAUCUUUAUUAGCAUGAUCAAGGAGGCUGGCAUCUACAACGAAAUCAGCCAGGCGUACGCCGCGCUUGAUACGAGCAGGGCAGUUGGUGUCAUGGGUGUGCAGGUUCCCCACCAAGAUUUAAUGCUCAAAUCGUCAACGACGUGGCCAUUGCUACGAGCUCAACAGCUAGCUAUACAUUCUGCACUACACUCGCGACCAACAACCAUUGCACCUGUCGCAAUGGAGGAUCCUCUACAGGAAACGCGAGUCUACGACUUCAUCGAGGACAAGCUGCAGUCCACGACUGACCUCGACCACCUAGACAGCCUGCUAGCCAGCGUCGAGCACCAGAGAACGCAGCUCCAGACGCAGCUGGACGAUGCGACGCGCGAGCUAGACGCCGCCCGGCGCUCCGGCGGCGACCGCCAGGAGGCGCUGGCACGUCAGAUUGACGACUUUGAGCAGCUGCAGCGCAGCAUCGACGUGCGGAUGCAGAUCGUGUCGGCGUCGGACGCUCCCGACGAGGCCAUCCGCCGCCUCGAGCCGCCCAUGCACCAGCUGCACCGCGUCAAGCUCGCCCGCGACUACCUGCAGCUGCUGCACGACGUCGACGCCCUGCGCCGCCAGGCCCGUGACCACCUCCCCGCCGACCCCAAGGCCGCCUUGCUGCCAUAUUCCCGCCUCAAGCAGCUCUCGUCCCGCCUCGCCGAGCUUCAGGGGGCGGCGGACGGCGCCGCUACCCACCUCGUCGCCCACGUCGCCGGGGUUACGGAUGCGCUGUGGGGCGAGAUGAAGCAGAUUAUGUCGGAUGAGAUGAGGGCCCUGCUCACUGCGAGGAGAUGGCCGGCCGAAGUUCAGCCGGAUCUGGUUGUCGACGAGGAGUGGCGUGGCUGCUUUGAGAAGCUGCUGGAUCUGCAGGUUCCCGAGGUGCUGUAUUCGCCGCCCGACGUGAUUCUACCGCUGCUUCCUAUCGACGUCAUGGCUCAGAUAUGGGUCAAGGAGUUCCGCUUCCACUUUCUCACCGAUGGCCGCCCGACUAGCAACAACCGCUUGAUCGGUCAGCAUUGCUUCCCGUGGGUUAUUCGACUUGUGUCGACGUGGGAGGACUUCUUCAGGGAGAACUUUGGUCACUCGCUCGCCUCGAGAUUCAUCGAGACGAGUGUAUCGUCCAAGAUGAUUUACUUGGAUCCCGUCUGCGCGCUCAUCACGUCUCUCCUUCCGGUGCUGAGGGAGAAGAUUCUGGCCGCGGCCGAAGAGGCCGUGCUCGACCCCAGCUUCCUCAGCAGCUUCAUGACGCAGCUCAUGGGCUUCGAUGACGAACUGCGCUCACGUUUUGGCUAUGACGGCGGCGACGGGGACGGCGACUGGGACGGGCUGACGGCCGAGGUGCUCAACCUCCACUUUGCAAAGUGGCUGCAGGCCGAGAAGGAUUUCGCCCUGGAGCGGUUUGAGGGUAUCAUGGACUCGGCAGACGCCAGGAAGAUCGACUACGACUACGGCGGGCCGGGCAAGACCAAGCCUACGUUCGGUGCCGUCCGCGUAGCUGACCUGCUCCGGUCUGUGACGAGCCAGUACGAGCGCGUCAGGAGGUUCUCGCAUAAGUUGCGAUUCCUCAUCGAUAUCCAGGUGGCCAUCCUCGACGACUUCCACGACCGUCUCCGGGGCUCGCUCGAGCUAUAUUACUCGCUUACCUCAACCGUGGGACGGACUCUGCAUGGCGCGACGGCGGAGCAGCUUGCGUCCCUCGAGGGUACCGGCGCCCUCGAGACGCUGUGCAAGGUGUACGGCAGUGCCGAUCAUAUUGCAAACGCUCUCGAGGACUGGAGUAACGAGGAGUUCUUUGUUGUGUUUUGGGAGGAGCUGCAGGCUCGAGCCAAAAAGUCUGAAGAUCAGGAGAACCUGGCCGGCGGCCUCAGCUACGACAACGUCAAGGACAAGACAUCAGCCUCUAUCGGCGACGAGGGCGAUGGGGGUCUCAUCUUUGACGAGACCAUCGCAGCUUACAGUGCACGCCGCAAGGCUGCCCGGGAUUUCCUCGUAUCCGCCCUGGUCGACUCCCACCAGGAGGCCUUCCGCCCUUAUCUCAAACGCACCCAGUGGACUACCAUUAGCGACGAUCCGGCCCAGGCUGACCCUUAUCAGCUGCCCAUCACUGCGGAGCUGGAUGAGCCACUACGGAUCCUAAAGCGCAACCUUGAGUUCCUCAACCGGGCCCUCAGCACCGCGGCCUUCCGGCGCGUGUGGCGCGAGGCCUUGGACAAGCUCGACGAGACGCUGUGGCACGACGUGCUGACCCGGCACAGCUUCACGGCGUUUGGCGCGGCGCAGUUCAUGCGGGACCUGCACGCCGUCGUGGCGUUGGUCGAGCGCUACAUCCCCGACGGCACAGGCGCGGCCCUCGCGAGGGUGCAGGAGGGCGUCAGGCUGCUGAACCUGCCAAUGGAUGCCGAGGCGUCGGGCAAGGCGGCGGCGGCGGCGGUGACACUCAGGCAGGCGAGCGAUCGUGUGUUCAAGGACAAUGAGGAGGCCAAGAGGUUGUUGGAGGAGUUGGCGAUCGACUUGCUCAGCCCGACGAACGCGAGGCAUAUCCUCCAGCGGAGGGUGGAGAUGAGCGAGUAA